AACAGCGCAUUUAUAAGGCAUCCCUUCACACUCCCCUUUCAGAAGCACACAUCAGAGCGUACGAACACCAUCAGAUCUCUCAUUAAUUCUGCUGUAUAGAUUUAUUUUGGGAGUUUGACAUGCUGAGUACAGUACUGAAACAAGUGAAAAGCCACCCAGCUUUGAUUCCUCUCUUCAUCUUCAUCGGUGGUGGAGCGACCAUGUCUAUGCUUUACCUGGGCCGUAUCGCACUAAAGAACCCUGAUUGCUCAUGGGAUCGCAAGAACAACCCAGAGCCUUGGAAUAAACUGGGGCCAAAUGACCAGUACAAGCUUUUCACGGUCAACAUGGACUAUUCUAAACUGAAAAAGGACAGGCCUGACUUCUGAGCAGAGCCCAGUGAAUCAGCUGGGUGUGUUAAACACUGCACGUCCUACCCUGGAAGUCUAUUCAACACGUCAUCAGACAAGAUCUUAUCUGUGAAUGGAAAUCCCCAUUAAAAUAAUUAAAGAAACCAAGAGGGAGCACAUACACAAGCUGCAUGAUCUGAAUGUCUAUCUUUUGUCAGAAACAAUAUUUUUACAGAUACAAAUAUUGACACCUCAGUGGAAAGGCAUCAUCAAACCUGGAACAAAAUCAUCUGUGAUGAUCUUCCUGUUAUCCAAAAUAAACAACACAGACAGCAAUAAUAGAAGUGUUUUGUGUAUGUGAAGCA